UUUCAAAGACAGCUGCUUUUCUGCUGUGCCAGCGUGAAAGUUAUCGGCAUGUAGGUAUCAGUCGAAUUAAGUUAAACGAUUAACUAGAAAACAAAAAUGCUCGUGUCUCUCACAAGCAUCCGAACCAGUUUCUCCUAGCCUUUUAGCUGUGGUUGUAUAUGUUCAGACUUUUCGGAUUGUUUAUACGUGUUCACGUAUUGUUUUUCGUCUUCCUGCAUGGUGUUAAUUCAUUUAAAAGAUGCGUGCAAGUGGUGAUCAUAUAAAAUACGAUCAGAAAAGUCAAAUCAACACCUUUCCGCUCAUAGCUCGUCCUGUGGCGAAUGAAUGAAUCGAGGUUCUGAGACCUGCUGCCCCCAACGCUAGACCGAUUCAAAAUGUAUCUUCGUUUAGCUGUGAAUCAUUCUCAGCGUGAAAAAGCAUAAUGUUAUACUUAAAUUUAAGUUAGCUUUGCUCUGGAAGCCUACAAGCUGCAUCCACUUUGUAUACGUGUCACAACGCAGUCAAGAAUACUGCAUUUCACCAUAGUAGGACCCUCAAACCUCUGUCAAACCCACACAUUUCUCAUCAUUUCACACUUGCUCAAGACAAAAAAGCUGUUAAAGGCUGCUUCCUUUUCAUUAGUGGUCUACUGCCAGCCACUUCUCGUUAGAAAGAACACUAACUGUUGAAACAUGAAAACUGGCCAAACAGAUUCCAGGUCAGUGUUAGAGACUAAGCUUUAACAUCAUUAUCAUUGAAGCAUCUUGUUUCCUUAUUUUAACCCUCAGUUGCAUGAAGAGCUAGUUUUGAAACUUAACUCUGUCUCUAAACUCUGCAGGCAUGCUUUUUGGAUUCUUUGUACCACGUUUCAUCCUCAUCUUAGGUCUCUCAGUCCUUUUAUCUCCCCACUACCCUUCACAAAAUGUGGUCAAUGGGGUAGAGUCUGUCACGGAGGGCCGUGGCUUUUCAGUGAUCUGGAAUAUGCCCACAGCUCGGUGCCAGAGGCGGUAUGGGGUCUCUCUGCCACUGCGCCAAUACAACAUCAUACAUAACUCAGAGCAGAGAUUUCAAGGUCCAGAUAUCAGCAUAUUCUAUCAGCGCCGUCUGGGCCUCUACCCCUACAUCAACCGUAAAGGGUCAAAGAUCAAUGGUGGUCUACCCCAACAAGGAUACCUAAAAUCUCAUCUUUCACUGACCGAGUUGCAGAUCAAUGAGGUCUUCAGAGGUACAUUCUGUGGGUUAGCUGUGCUGGAUUGGGAAGCGUGGCAACCCGUAUGGAUGUGGAACUUCGGAAGCAGAAUGGUAUAUAGAAGACUUUCCAAGGAGCUCGUCAGGUGGAAACAUCCAGAGUUGUUGGAAGAGGAAGUGACAUCAGAGGCAAAGGGAGAAUUUGAAUUAGCAGCAACAACAUUUAUGUCAAAGACUCUGCGUCUUGGAGUUCACCUCUACCCUAAAGGAUUAUGGGGGUUUUAUGGGUUUCCUACUUGCUACAACAACCAUGCCCAAGGAGAGAGCGGCUACACGGGUCAGUGCCACAAUGGUACCGAAAAGUUGAAUGACAGACUGGCAUCACUAUGGCAACAGUCCACCGCCCUGUAUCCAAGCAUUUAUUUGUGGUCUAAGUUAGCUGGACACAAACACGCUCAACUCAUGGUGAGACACCGUGUACUAGAGGCCCUUCGUGUGGCAUCCCAUCAUUCACCUGCCAGUAAAGUGCCCCCUGUUUUCCCGUAUGCUAGAGUGGGGUUCACACACACGUUAAAGUUCCUCAAUCAGACGGAUUUGGAGCACACACUAGGUGAGAGCGCUGCUUUAGGCGCAGCUGGAGUUGUGUUAUGGGGUGAGCUGAGUUUUGCCAAGUCAAAGCGGCAAUGUUCUCUUCUGCAAGAGUACCUACAUUCAGUAUUAGGAAAGUAUGUUGCCGCCCUGCAGGCUGGUGUGAUGAACUGCAACGGGAGACUGUGUAAUGGCCAAGGGCGCUGUGCUCGAAAGGAUGCUCACUCGGGUUUCAUGAUCCCUCUUCAUGACAAUUACAAAGCUGAUGUUCUCAGUGAAAUGAGAACAAAGUUAAAAUGUGUGUGUUAUGAAGGAUGGAGUGGGCAGCAGUGUGAAAAACAAGAAUAGAUCAGUUUAAUCAGUGUGAAACCCAAUUCGGAACCCAUUUUGCUUAGUGUAACAUGACAUAUUUCAGAGUGAACCUGCACAGUGAAUGACUCAGGAUUCUGAAAAAAAGCCUGAGCUAAAACAACGGAAUAGCUAGUUGCUAAUGACUUUAGCAAAGUCUCCAAAAAGUCUAAGUAAUGCAUUUUAAGAAGGAACAUAUUUUGAUGACAGAUGAAGAGGACACAAAAUGUUUUUAUUUGGAAAAAUGUGUGCCAAUGAAUUGUUGACAGCAUGACCAAGAAAACAGAUGUGCAUUAAAAACCCACAAUUCAUGUUGUCAUUUUUAA